AAAGCGAGAAACGGAAGCAAGAAAAUUGUAAAACGACUACAUUACCCAAAAACGUUUGACGGUGCUUGCUGGUUUGUUGUAAAUAUAUCUAUCUAUCUAUCAGAAUUUCAGUGAUUCGCUGCUGCUAAAUUUGGUCAAAGAAGUCACUACAGAAGGCUUGUUGUUAGAUCUGUCGACGGAGCACUUUGUAGACGCUUCUUCUCUCUCCGUUUGGAUUUUGAUGGUUUAUAACGCAAAAUGUGCAAAAAGAGAAAGUGAUACAUUUCUCAAGGAAGCUUUGACCGUCGGAAAAUCUUUUCUUCGAAGCAAGACAAGGCGAAAUAAGCGCAAAAUAAAGCAUGUCAAAGCAAGAAGAAAGAGACUUCUAAGAACGUGGUAAAGGAGAACAAAUAUCAACGUAAAUCUUCAGGAACGUGAUCCGGAUACUUUCUCAGCAUGUGUAUGAAACUUAGCCAGGAUUCCUGUUGGAUUUUUCUCUACAUUUACUAGGCGGUGACGUUUUAAGUCGAACCGAGUUGCGAAGAGAGAAUCUUGUUUUAAUUUGCAACUCCGAUACUUCCUCGUCACCGAAAUCCUAUACAAACGGCAGGAAUGUCUCUGGGAAGGGAUAUAAACUGCUUCAAUUGUACCAAACAGUAGUUGGAGGAAAUACUACUUGUUAAAUCUGCUUUCUCUCGCUUAUUCUCUUCAGGGUGUAAAUGAGCUACGUGGUAUUGAAUUUGCGUGAAUAACGUACAAGUUAUUUUCUCACCUCCCCCUUUUCUUCUUAUCUCAGAUUUUUUUUUUUGGCAUAUCGUGGAAGGAUUAAAUACCAUUUUGAUGAUUCGAGAUCUGAGCAAGAUGUACCCCCAAGCCAGACACCCAGCUCCCCACCAACCUGCCCAGCCCUUUAAAUUCACCAUAUCGGAGUCCUGUGAUAGGAUAAAAGAGGAGUUUCAGUUCUUGCAGGCUCAAUAUCACAGUUUGAAACUUGAAUGUGAAAAACUAGCCAGUGAGAAAACAGAGAUGCAGAGGCAUUAUGUCAUGUACUAUGAGAUGUCCUAUGGUCUGAAUAUAGAGAUGCACAAACAGGCAGAAAUUGUUAAGCGGCUUAACGCCAUUUGUGCUCAAGUUAUUCCUUUCUUAUCCCAGGAGCAUCAACAGCAAGUUGUCCAGGCAGUUGAAAGAGCUAAACAAGUAACCAUGGCAGAGUUAAAUGCUAUUAUUGGGCAGCAACAGCUCCAAGCCCAGCAUCUGUCACAUGGUCAUGGACUUCCAGUACCCCUUACACCUCACCCAUCUGGACUGCAACCUCCUGCUAUUCCACCAGUGGGCAGUAGUGCUGGAUUGCUGGCACUGUCAGCACUGGGAGGACAUCCACAACUGCCAAUCAAAGAUGAGAAAAAACACCAUGACAACGAUCACCAAAGAGACAGAGACUCUGUAAAGAGCUCUUCAGUGUCACCAUCCGCAAGCUUCAGAGGAGCAGAGAAGCACAGGAACUCAACCGAUUACUCGUCAGAUAAUAAGAAACAGAAAACUGAUGAUAAGGAUUUGGCAACCCGCUAUGAUAGUGAUGGUGAAAAGAGUGACGACAAUUUAGUAGUGGAUGUAUCAAAUGAGGAUCCAGUUUCGCCAAGAGGAAGCCCAGCACAUUCCCCACGAGAGAAUGGUUUAGACAAAGCUCGCAUAAUUAAGAAGGAUGCACCCAUUAGUCCUGCAUCCAUUGCUUCUUCAAGUAGCACCCCAUCUUCAAAAUCCAAAGAACUCGGUCUUAAUGAAAAAUCUACUACACCAGUGUCUAAGUCCAGCACUCCAACUCCACGCUCAGAUGCACCCACUCCAGGGAGCAAUUCCACUCCAGGAUUGAGGGCGGUACCUGGCAAACCACCAGGCGUUGACCCAUUAGCUUCAGGUUUACGGACCCCCAUGGCAGUGCCAUGCCCUUAUCCUGCUCCUUUUGGUAUUGUGCCUCAUGCUGCCAUGAAUGGAGAACUGACCAGCCCUGGUACUGCAUAUGCUGGGUUGCAUAACAUCUCUCCACAGAUGAGCGCCGCUGCAGCUGCAGCAGCCGCAGCUGCUGCCUAUGGGCGAUCUCAGGUGGUUGGGUUUGAUCCACAUCAUCAUAUGAGAGUACCUGGAAUCCCUCCAAACCUUACUGGCAUUCCUGGUGGAAAACCCGCCUAUUCAUUUCAUGUUAGUGCUGAUGGACAGAUGCAGCCUGUGCCCUUUCCUCCAGAUGCAUUGAUUGGUCCAGGUAUUCCCCGACAUGCCCGUCAAAUCAAUACCUUGAGUCAUGGAGAAGUGGUGUGUGCUGUGACCAUUAGCAACCCCACAAGACAUGUGUACACUGGCGGCAAAGGCUGUGUAAAAGUCUGGGACAUCAGUCACCCUGGAAACAAGAGCCCAGUGUCUCAGCUGGAUUGUUUGAACAGAGACAACUACAUCCGCUCCUGCAGAUUACUCCCUGAUGGGCGCACCCUGAUUGUUGGAGGGGAAGCGAGCACGUUAUCCAUCUGGGACCUGGCAGCACCCACCCCACGCAUCAAAGCAGAACUGACAUCUUCAGCUCCUGCAUGCUAUGCAUUAGCUAUCAGUCCUGAUUCCAAGGUCUGCUUUUCCUGCUGCAGUGAUGGGAACAUUGCAGUCUGGGACUUGCAUAACCAGACAUUAGUUAGGCAAUUCCAGGGCCACACAGAUGGAGCCAGUUGUAUUGAUAUCUCCAAUGAUGGCACCAAGCUAUGGACAGGAGGUCUGGACAACACAGUAAGGUCCUGGGAUCUCAGGGAAGGAAGGCAGCUACAACAACAUGACUUUACUUCACAGAUUUUCUCUUUGGGGUACUGUCCAACUGGAGAGUGGCUGUCUGUGGGAAUGGAAAACAGUAAUGUGGAAGUAUUGCAUGUAACAAAACCAGACAAAUAUCAGUUGCAUCUUCAUGAAAGCUGCGUGCUUUCACUUAAGUUUGCCCACUGUGGUAAAUGGUUUGUAAGCACUGGAAAGGACAACUUACUUAAUGCCUGGAGGACGCCUUAUGGAGCCAGCAUAUUCCAGUCCAAGGAAUCAUCUUCUGUGUUAAGCUGUGAUAUCUCUGUGGAUGAUAAAUACAUUGUCACUGGCUCUGGGGACAAGAAGGCCACUGUCUAUGAAGUUAUUUAUUAAGCACAGGAUCUAAAUACAAAGAGGACUCCAACUGAAGCACUUUGUUAUAUCUGAUCUUUAAAACUAAUGCUAAAUUCAAAUUUAUAUGAGGUAACAUUACUUGGACCUUUUACUACUACUAUUAUGGAUGUACAGUAAAUGCUUAUGAUACCAAAUCUUCAGCGAAGAACUGCCUGAUUGAAGCCAGGCAUUCUUGUAUUGACAUAAACUUGUAAACUAAAAAAAAAAAAAGAAAAAGAAAAGAAAAACUUAGUAUUUAUUAUAACAAAGGAUUUUCUAACCAGUAUUUAAAUUAUGAUUGGAUGGAGCUGCAAGACCAGAGUAUUACAAUUUGAGGCAAAUAAUAUUGACUUGAGAUUUCCAGAGAAGAUUUUCUGUUCCCUUUCCAAAGCCACCUAUUUUUACAGUAAACUACAGCUGGAACUUGGUUAAUUUGGAUUACAUUCCAGUUAUCUAAGGUCAUUAAAACAAGGACUUCACUUUGAAUCCAGAUGAGUCAUAUUGUGAAGUGCACAAGCAUCCAAAAUACCUGGAAAACUACCCGAUUGUCUAGGUGUGGGUUCCAGUUUCCUAAAUAGAAGGUGGUAUUUGUAAACAUGUUCCAGAAGUGGAUUGUUGGCAGAUAUUUCACAGGAAUUUGCUUGGGAAAUCUUUCUAAUAGACAGUCAUGUGAUCAUUCACUACAUGUGUAAAUAAUCCUUUUGGAAACUUUGUUCAUUGAAUGCUUAAAAGAACCAAGUCUGUGGAUCUGCUGAUGUACAGUGCCUUUGCUGCUAUAGAUCAAACCAUUAAUAUAGGUAAUAUAUUGUAUUGGUUUAGGUGUACUCCAUUUGAUAUUCUAGAGUAUAGAGCCACAACGUUCAGUUUAAAAUAGAAUGUCUAUUUGACUUCUGGAAGUGGUAGCCAAAUUUGUAUUGAGUUCUUAGUGUUUUGUGUCAUGCAAAGAUAAGCUGAAAUGGUGAAGGAUUUUUGAUACUAAAAUUUUGAUGUAUAUAGUUCUGAUACAGCUCUCACCAGUUCCUCAGCAGAUGAUAGAGCAUCAUCACUUGUGAAACCAGUCUGUAUAAAAUGUUAUACAGGUGAUAAAAUUCCUAAUUUUAGGUUGACUAUAAUUUUUUUUAAUUAAAUAAAUCAAGAGAAAACAGCACUGCAGCAAGUAGGGGCUUGGCCAGAUGGGAAAACAAUCAUAUAAAGAUAGAGGUUCAUAUUACCAUAAAACUGUUAAGUGUCAUCACCAAACUGUGGUUUAAAAAGCAGAGUGGCACUGUUUCCUUGAAUGUUUUAUUUUGUUAUAGCUUAGCUAUUUUUCCCCUUCCAUAUCCUCCUGGACCAAUGUCCUUCUGUGUACAAAAUGUAGUGUACUUAGCAGAAUUAUUUGUUCUUUUCCAUAAGUUCUUGAAAUGCUUAGCCUUUACCAGGUGGAGCUUGUGGCUAGGAAAGGAAUUAUGUUCCUUUCAACUAAGGAAUUGCAGUUUUUGCAUUUUUGCAGGGGUACAAACAGUGUAAUCAGCCAAAUUCUGAACAGAUUAAUGCUUGUGUAUGUAAACCUCCUGGUGAUAAGACAUGCAAAUCUUCAGCUCCUGUAACACAACAUAUAGUUUCAUUGAAAUCAAACUAAAAACACUCAUUACUUCAUAAAAAGAAAAAGAAAAAACAAUGCACAAGUAAAAUUACUAAAAAGAAUAAUACUGCCUUAAUUGUACUUCUGGACUGAUAUAAGAAGCAUGUCUGUAUGUAUGAGUUCAGUUGCAAGUUAUAAUAGACUUACAGGAUUGAUUUGGAAUUUUAAAGUCAUUGAGCCCAAGCAUUUCUAUACUGGAAAACUGUCCAUAGGGGAUAUUACAUCUUGUUAAAAUAUUUACUCAGAGGUCACAAGAAUUUUUCUUCCUCAUAACACUGCCGGAAAA